GAGUGGCCCACAGAUAGACAGAGCACGGAUCUCGUCUGUGCAAGUUUCCAGUGUUACCAUGUGUUGGACGGCAAUAGUCUGAAACCACUGCGGGACUGUUUGAGUAGGAAGUUUUAGUAAGUUUGUUUCUGUUUGUUGAGUUUUUUGACAGCGAUCCAACUGGGAAUAUCGUGUUGAUGGUAGUUUCUGUUCCAUGAAUCAGAGUGAGCGCUUCAGUUGGUGCAAACAGAACUGAAAAUGGAGCCCUUUCCUGACCAGUUCAUGGAAUUCCACCCCAUCCAUGGUACCAAUGUCAGACUGGACUACUCAGGAACCCAGGCCACCCGGGUAGAGAGCUUUGCAAAUGGAGUGUGUUUCAGCAAACAACCUCUGAAACCCGGGGAGAUUUUCCUCAUAGAGAUCGAGGAUAAGGAGCUCGGCUGGUGUGGCCACCUCCGGGUAGGCCUGACUGCCAGGGACCCCAGGGACUUAGAGGUGGUACCUGAAUACUCCAUCCCAGACCUGACAGACUUAGGAGACAGCUGGGUAUUUGCCAUCACUCGCAACCACAACAAGAUCAUCGAAGAUGCCGGAGCGGAUGGUCAACAGGCUGGAGAUGGAGGACUGGCGGGGGGCCGAAGGCUUGGACAUGGGGAGGCUGAAGUUGGAGGUAGAGAUGGAGAAGGCAACAACAACAACAACAACAACCCAAAGACUUUCUUCACUGAUUCUCACUUGUACAUUGAGAAUAUUCGGGUCCCCAGGGACAAGCUGGUCGGUCGGAGCAGGCCCGGACGCUAUAGCCACAUUUUGGAUGACUUGUAUAAGAGCAACGCCCUGCCUCCCACAGCCAGACGGAGCCGAAUAGGAGUACUGUAUGUGCCUAAAGGGCAAGACCUGGCUGAUAUGCACAUUAUCAUCAAUGGUGAGGACAUGGGAGCUUCUGCAAAGGGGAUCCCUGCCGUCCAGCCUCUCUAUGCUGUGGUGGACGUCUUUGCUGCUACCAAGUGUGUCCGAAUUGUCCAGGUGGAGUAUGGAUUCUCGUCCUUGCAGACUUUGUGUAGGAAGGCCAUCCAGAAGCACAUUGUCCACAGAAUGGCCAUUGACUGGCUGGAGCUGCCAGAGGCCCUUAAGCACUACUGCAAGUAUGAAUGAAGGACACAGACCUGCAAUGGACAGAAUAUCAUUUAUGAGCUCUCUCUCAGUUUCUACCAAGUAAAGGAUAUAUAUAUUCAUGAUGGAAAAUAAAACUAAUUUAUGAUCUCUGUUUCCUUUAUAAAGUAAAACUCACAACAUUAUGGUCAGAUAACGCUGACAUCAUGUCUCUGAUGUGUAAACUAAAAUAAAUUCACACUCAGGAUUGGUUA